AUGAAGUUCAGCGCAUGCUUAAAUGCGCUUUUACACAUUACGGUCUUUGCUCCAUUCUACGUGCCCGGCGAGAAUUUUACCUGUCUGGAUAAGUCAGCUACUCAUCCCUGGAGCCGGGUCAAUGAUGACUAUUGCGACUGCCGAGACGGUUCCGAUGAGCCCGGCACAUCAGCCUGUAUAGAUAUGAAGUUCUAUUGCGAAAACGCCGGUCAUAAGAGCAAAUUUAUUUUUAGCAGCUUUGUGAACGAUAAAGUUUGCGAUUGUUGCGAUGGAUCCGAUGAAUACCUGGGAUACGUCACCUGCGUUGGCUCUUUCGAUUUGGUCUGCUUUCUACUGCCCACCACCUCUACUCUUAAGGCCUCUUUAUUUUUGAGAACUUAUUUCCUAUUGCAUGAAAUCUAA